AAAUGUGUGACAGUGGUAAGUUACAGGGAGUCAAGGGACCAGCCCGUUCAACUAGUAACUAGGGCUGUUGCCUCUAAAAAUGUUUGGGGUAGGGAUGACUGAUGAGGACGACCUAUCUGUAAAGAGAAGAGAAGAAAGCUACUUUGUUCCAACCCACUCAAUUCAGUCAGGGAUCCGUAGAAGUGAAUAAUGACCAUUGCCCACACUCUGUCUCUCUUUUUCCUGCUUUUGGAUGCUGUUUUCAUUUAAAAUUUUCAAAAUGCAAUGCAGCUUUUUAGCCGUUGAGUCCACAACACACCCUCUUUCUCUCUGCGAGACCAAGGGAAGAAAGGAAGUCUCUGAACUCUUGGAAUCUCUUUCUGAUCACUGAAACACGCUUCCAUGUCUUCAUCCAAUCUACCCUUCUCAGAUUUCUCCUUUCUUUUAUCAAUUGUAGCAUGAUUUGACUCUGGCAGUUCAGAAGGAGAGGAGGGAGGGAUGAAGGGUAUGAAGGGAAGAUUUCUGAAGAAACUGAAAUCCAUGCGACCCAUCAGUUUCACUAAACCAGGCCUCGUUCUGCAGGCGAAUGCAUCAGAUGGGUUCUUAGAUCCCUUGCCGCACGAUUCCACCAACUGGGUAUUUCAGAGUCCACCAGUUUCGCAAGAGAAAGAUCAGAAGAUCAGUAGUCAUGGCAAUCUCCCCAUGUUGCAGACUGAAAUCAUGGACGGUGAAGAACUGACGAGAGACGUGGAAGACGAGGACAUUGAAGAAACGGAGCUCGGCAGUGACGACUCUGGGAACAAGGAGAACAUCGGGCCCCCCAUAAAGGCCAAAGACCCAUUACCCGCCAAGGAAAACUCAGAGGUUUCCAUCUUUACAGAGUCUGGAAGCUAUAAUCUUCGGAGUGGUCCAUUGUCAGAGCUCGAUGUGUCGUCCUUCCGGCUGCCUGACCCAACACCAGCGAAGGAUAACUCAGGGAAUCCCCACUCGUCAGGGUCCGACACGUGUAAUAUCCGGCGACCGGACUUGAAUUCCGGGAGCCUAUUUGAUCCAAAUCUGCUGGCAACCUUCCAGCAGGCAGUGAUGAUAGGCCACAUGAGACCAAGAGAGACAGAGAGAAAAGCCAGAAUUGAACAAAUGGGCACAGAGAAAGAAGAGGAACCACCUUGUAAACUUCCCCGGAUAGAACACGAUACUCUGUCAGAAUUCCAGGAGAGGUGCCCACCAGGGGGAAGAGACUCUGUGAUUCUCUAUACAACAAGCCUUCGGGGGAUAAGGAAAACGUUCGAGGACUGCAGAAGCAUAAGGUUUCUGUUGGGCAGCUUUCGAAUUCUGUUCUACGAGAGAGAUGUGUCAAUGCACAUGGGGUUCAGGGAGGAACUGUGGAGGAUCAUGGGCGGCAGAGUGGUUCCUCCAAGGCUGUUCAUAAGGGGAAGAUACAUCGGAGGAGCCGACGAGGUGGUGAGCUUGCACGAGCAAGGGAAGCUCCUGCCCCUCUUGCAAGGAGUCCCGGCCGAUCGCUCCGGUGCCCCAUGCGACGGCUGCGCAGGGAUACGCUUCGUGCUGUGCUUUAACUGCAAUGGCAGUUGCAAAGUCAAUGACACUCCCGAUGAAAGGACUGAUGAUGGAUGGCCCAACCGCUGCCCAGAAUGCAACGAGAAUGGAUUGAUCAUCUGCCCCAUGUGCUGCUAGGAAUUCACUCGUUCCUGGCUCUUGAUCAGCUGUUUACAUAAUAACAUGUACUGGUUUUCUUAUUAUUUUGAUUUCAUGGUGCUUUGAGUUGAGGAAUUAAUUAACUGAAACCACUGGUGUUCUGUGAAUCAGUUUGAGUACAAUGGGAUCACCAUUUGAUGAUGAAAUUUCAACUUUCAGCAGAAUAAAAUCUCUCUCUCUCUCUCCCUUUUUCAGGAAGUUGACGAAGAAAGAGCAUUCUUUCUUUCUUGUUAAUGGAAUCAGAUCAUUUCCCCU